UCAUCCUAUUUUUUCUCUUGCUCCGCCGUAGUAAUUUUUUUCAGACGUUCGCAUCGCUCAUAUUGACACCAUGGCCGCCACAGAAGGACAACAAGUCAUGGCUCUCAUCAGCAAACGUCUGCGUACCCACCGCAAGAAAUACAACCGAAUCACUGAGAUGGAAGAGUCUAUUUCUCAGGGUAAAACACUCAACAAGGAGCAAAAAGAAACCAUCCUCUCUAAGCCAAUCGUCACCGCCCUAAUCCAAGAGCUCGAAAAGCUCCGCCUUCCUCCUCCUUCCACCGCCGUUUCAGAAGAGAUCAUCAGCCUCCCUGCUAAGAAAAACAAAAAAGCAAAAGGUAUUCACUUAUUUUCUCUAAGGGCACGUAAGGAGAUUAAUGCGCCUGAGGAGAAAGACGUGACUUCCAAGACAGACAUGGAGGAUUGCAAGGUCUCCGAUGAGGUUUCGAAAGACGAUAUAUCUCCUUGUAGUGAAAGCUCUCAAGACGUUACACCAUCACCAACUUCUACAAGCAGUGGAAAGGCACGACGUAAAAAGAAGUCUAAGAAACCUCAGACCACGAAUUGAUUGUGUCUAUGUACAAAGACAAAAACUGGAGUUGCUUUGGUCACAAGUUUCCUUUAGCUUUCUUUCACAAGGAUGACUUUUUUGCGUUGACUUUCUUUCAGCUAUUUUUGGUUCAUUUAUAUUUGCCACAUGGAAUUUCUUAUUCACCAAACUACAUAUAU